UCACUUCUUUGCUUUUCACGGUUGGUAUGCGGGAUUCUGGCGCUCGUUGGAGCCUGUCGAACGUGCGAAGCUUAAUAUACUUCGGGAUAUACCUCUUGAGACUACUAGAUCACGACCUGCUCCCUCGAGUGCUUAUAAUCCCACAGAUCCCGAUACAAUGCCUCCCAAGUCACGAUUUGCGCGGCUAGACGCUUUCACAAAAACUGUCGAGGAUGCGCGGAUACGUACUAGAUCAGGGGGCGUUGUCACAAUAAGUGCACUUUUCGUUAUCUUCUUCCUAAUAUGGGGUGAAUGGUCAGAAUAUAGACGAAUAGUGGUGUUGCCAGAGUUGGUUGUUGAUAAGGGGAGAGGGGAGAGAAUGGAAAUCCACUUAAACGUGACUUUCCCAAAUCUACCUUGUGAGCUCCUCACUUUAGAUGUCAUGGAUAUUUCCGGCGAGUAUCAGACAGGGGUCAUCCACGGUGUCAACAAAGUACGCCUCAGUUCAGUUGAGGAAGGAGGCCGGGUCCUCGAUAUUACUGCUCUUCAAUUGCACUCUCAAACAAACAAGGGAACGGAUGUCGACCCAGAUUACUGCGGUCAGUGUUACGGAGCAACCCCGCCAUCCAAUGCGAAAAAGCCUGGGUGCUGUAAUACAUGCGAGGAAGUUAGAGAUGCAUAUGCAGCGAAAGGCUGGGCCUUCGGACGGGGAGAAAAUGUCGAGCAAUGCGAGAAAGAAGGAUAUAGCGCCAACCUAGAUGCUCAGAGAAAGGAAGGGUGCCGCGUUGAAGGAGUGAUCCGCGUUAACAAAGUUGUCGGUAACUUCCAUAUUGCACCUGGUCGCAGCUUCACAAACGGCAACCUUCACGCCCACGACCUUGACAAUUACUAUCAUACACCUGUACAGCAUAAUAUGGGCCAUAGAAUCCAUUACUUGCGCUUCGGACCCCAACUACCCGAACAGCUUUCCAGCCGCUGGAAAUGGACUGACAAUCAUCAUACUAAUCCACUGGACAAUACUGAACAACAUACGACUAAUCCCAGAUUUAACUUCAUGUACUUCGUAAAAGUGGUGUCUACAAGUUACCUACCGCUUGGAUGGGAUCCCGACGCGUCCAGUUCAGCACACUCUCAGUACUCCAAGAACGCACCCCUGGGGAAACAAGGCCUCAGUUUUGGCUCAUACGGAAGCAUUGAAACGCACCAGUACUCGGUCACUUCGCACAAACGGUCGGUGGACGGCGGCGAUGACUCGGCAGAGGGUCACAAAGAGCGCUUGCAUUCACAAGGCGGUAUCCCCGGUGUGUUUGUCAACUACGACAUUUCGCCCAUGAAGGUGAUCAACCGCGAAGCACGAACCAAGACCUUCUCCGGCUUCCUGACUGGCGUGUGUGCAGUUAUUGGAGGAACUCUAACGGUUGCCGCAGCUAUUGAUAGGGUUCUGUAUGAGGGCGCUGUACGGGUGAAGAAGCUACAUAAGAGCUGAUUUGGUUCCUCUUCUAGUCCCUCUUUUUUUGGGGGUGAGCGGGUUGGAUGAAAUAAUGACCCUAUUCAAUUUUCCCAGAUAUCCGCCUUGUUUCCCUCUCUUGAGUCGACAAAUCUCGUUUAUAUCCUCAGAUUUUCCUCGUUUCCCAGUUUAUGCUGCAUUGAUGUUCCAUCUACUUUUGAUUCUUUGGCAAGAUUUAGGCAUUCUUGACCGUACUGUGGAAAGGCAGAUGCAGGUGAACUGAAUAGGAGGGAAAAGCAAGUGGGGAUGGUGGGAAGCCGUCAAGCCGUUUGCACCUUUUCCUCAAACUUGCCCCAUCCAACUCAAUCCAACCAACCCAACCAAAUUUUCACGAUAGAGGUCUCAUAGUGGCGAUGUAAAAACACCGGCGUUUGUGUUUUCC